AUGUCCAAACGAGAGCUGCCAAAACCUGCGCGGAAACCGUUUGUCCUAUAUGAGAGAGGUCCGGAAUGGGAAACACCACUCGGAAAAACAGUUCGAACGGCUCAAGCACAAUAUCCUGAUAGUGUCGUGUUAACGCGUGUUGGUGGUUUCUGGGAGUUAUAUUUCGAACAAGCCGCUGAGGUGGCUCCGCUCCUUGAUAUAAAACUCACGCGAAGAAAAUUUGGCUCGCAAUAUUUUCCAUUUGCCGGCUUUCGUCUUUCGCUUAUUGAUCGCCAUCUUGAGACGCUUGUCAACAAGUUAGGUCGAUCUGUUGUUAUAUGUGAAGAAGUACCGAAUGAUAACGAAGAGGACAAACUCAAGUUUAAUCGUGUCGUUAGUCGUAUAAUUACUCCAGGCACUCUUAUAGAUGAAAGCUUUCUUGAACAUAAUACAAACAAUUUCCUACUUGUUGUAGCCUUUGAUGAGGAAAAGGACUCUGUAGGCCUAGCCUGGGUAGAUAUUUCCACUGGAGAUUUUUUUGUGCAGCAUUCGAACAUUGAGUCUUUGUCGAGCGAUCUUGCACGCAUACGUCCAAGAGAGAUACUGCUAAGUGAUGUGUGUAAGUUGGUGGAUGCCCAUCCACUGUGGCGACAUAUUGACAAAAACCAAUAUUUUAUCACAUACGUGCCAUGGAAUUUCUUUGAUGUGGGUACUGAUUUACCAGACUUGACGGAAUAUACAAAGAUCGAGUUAGGAGCUAGCACUGCACUGAAAAAGUAUGUCGAAAAGAAUCUCAUGGGUCGAGAGGUCAAAUUUAAUCCACCCAUGAGGAUAAACGCGCAUGAGACCAUGGUUAUCGAUGAGACAGCUCUGAAUUCAUUGGAGAUUACUACUUCUAUGCGGGAGAAAAACAGAAAAGGAAGUUUAUUAGAUGCUAUUGAUCGAACUAGAACAAUGUCGGGUGCGCGUAAUCUCACUCGAUGGUUAUGUCACCCUUCAACUUCCACAUCAAUAAUCAAUACUCGCUUAGAUUUAGUAGAAUAUUUUUACAAGAACACUCAUUUACUUAGUGAUAUUCGUGAGUUGCUUGGAGAAUGUGAUGAUGCACAAAGAGUGUGUCAGCGACUUUCACUUCAACGUGGAGGCGCAGACGAUCUGAUAAAGUUUAGGAGAACGGCAGACGCUAUGAUAAGAGUGAAAGCACGUAUCAAAGCCGACCCAGGAAGCGCGGAGAAUGCGAGUGUUCAGGCUUUUCUGGAGCGCUUAAAACCCCAACAUGAUCUCAUAAAGAUGAUAUCUAAAGCUAUUGAUGAAGAAGCGUUAAACAGGUUGAAAGAAUACCAAGAAAAAACUGAGGAUGAACUUGAGACGGAAUUGACAAUGGAGGAAGCCGAUAAUGCGAAUGAUGAGUUAGCAGCGCCUGCCAAAUCGAAGAAAAAAGCGGCAUCUCGAAAAAAGGUCAAAUCACCAUUGACGGUUUACGAUGAAGUCGAUGCAUUUUUGGCUGCUGACAAUUGGGUGAUAAAAAAAGAGUACGAGGAAGAUUUUGCCUCUCCGAGGAUAGCGCAGAUGCACAAGCAAUUGGAAAGUUUGUACCGUCAAAAAGUUGAACUGCAAAAAAAAUGGCGAGUUGACCACAAAUCAACUGCUCUUGAGCUUCGCUCUAAUCCAAAGUACGGGUUCAUUGUUGUAAUACGCCGCUCUACUGGUUCAGAGUUGCCGAAAGAUGCAAUAGUAAUCAAACAGCUGGGGAAAGUUAAUUGGUACAUUGCGCCGCAAUGGACUGCCUUGGGUGGAAAAAUCGAAGCACUGAAAACCUUAAUAAAACAGGAAGAAACAUCGAUAUAUGCGGAAUUACGGUCUAAGGUCCUGAAUAAAUGGUUGGAGACCUUACAAAAUUGUUUCAUCCUUGAUGAAUUGGAUGUUGCAUCUUCUCUUGCCCUUGUGGCCAAGGAGCAAGGUUUUGUUCGGCCGGUUCUCAAUAACGGGACUUCACAUCGGAUUGUUGGUGGUCGACAUCCUAUAGUGGAAGGUGGAUUAAGGUCGAAAGGAAGGCAGUUUUAUCAAAAUGAUUGUCGUGUAGGCGAACAAGAGCGGCUUUGGGUUAUAACAGGACCAAAUAUGGGAGGGAAAAGCACUUUCCUGCGACAGAACGCCGUAAUAUCUAUAUUAGCACAAAUCGGCUCUUUUGUACCAGCUGACUAUGCAGAAAUUGGAAUUGUCGACAAAGUUUUUAGCAGAGUUGGAGGCUCAGACAGCAUAUACCAGGAUCAAUCGACGUUUAUGGUUGAAAUGAUGGAGACAGCUCAUAUUCUAAAACAUGCAACUCACCGAUCAUUUGUGAUAAUGGACGAGGUUGGCAGAGGAACGACAGCACUGGAUGGAAUCGCAAUAUCAUUUGCAACUUUACAUCAUUUAUAUUAUAAUAAUCGAUGUAGAACACUGUUUGCCACGCAUUUUCAUGAAUUGGCUGAUAUGAUAAAACAUUUUGAGUGUGCUGGUUGCUAUUGUACCGACCUUAAAGAGGAUAAGGACGGAAGUUUUCAGUUCCUACAUAAAGUUCGACGUGGCGUUAACUGGACCUCUGCUGCAUUGAAAGUGGCCAAGUCUGCAGACAUGCCUCCAUUAGUUCUCAAUACUGCAGAGCAAAUACGGAGCUAUUUGAAGGAGAAUGUAAAGCCGUUUACUCUUGAAGAAUCUUUUCGAAACAGCUUUGGUGAUAUAUGA